UGGGUGGAGCUGAGAGAAUGACGUUUUGGCGGGCGGGGGCAGCUACUUGGGAUGGAAAGUUGCUUGGAAAAGCCUAGGAAAAAGAAAAAAAAAAAAGGAAGGUUGCGGAGAAAUUGAAAUAAUUUACAAAAUGGCUGAUAAGCUGGAUGAAUUUAUUGAAGAGCGAAAAGCCAAAUUGGCCAAAGACAGAGCUGAGUUGGAACGUGAUCCACCUUAUAUGGAAAUGAAGGGAAAGACAUCAGAGAAGCUUUCUGAAAACAGUAAAAUAUUAAUCUCCAUGGCUAAGGAAAACAUACCACCAAAUAGUCAACAAACCAAGGGUUCCUUAGGAAUUGAUUAUGGAUUAAGCUUACCGCUUGGGGAAGAGUAUGAACGGAAGAAACAUAAACUAAAGGAAGAGUUGCGACAGGAUUACAGGCGCUAUCUUACUCAGGGUAUUACACAAGCAAAAAGAAAGAAAAAUUUUUUAUCCACGGGUGAACCAGAUCCAGCUACUCUGGGAGUUUCUCUUCCUAUUGGUGAGAGGCUGUCUGCCAAGGAAAGAUUGAAACUUGAGCGCAACAGAGAAUACAAUCAGUUUCUCAGGGUUAAGGAAGAAUCCAGUGAAAAAUCCAGGCACAUUGAAAAGAGUACUGAGCCCAACAGUGAAGGGGUUAAAAAAGCUUUUAGUCAAGUUAAACCUGAUACACCUUCACAACUACACACAUCAUAUGAAAAUUCAGAGGGUCCUGCAACAGAUACUUUAGUUCCUUCAGAGGCAUAUGAACAACUUCUAAACCAAAGACGGCUGGAAGAGGACAGAUAUCGGCAACUAGAUGAUGAGAUUGAAUUAAGGAAUAGAAGAAAUAUAAAAAAAACAAGUGAAGAAGUGGGCAUCUCUAAUACAGAGUACCCAAGUUUGUCUAAGAAGUCUGAAGUUCCAGACAGAAGACUUCGCAGGUUUAAUGACAAUUACGUAAUUGAUAGACACUAUUAUAGACCACACCAAGAUCCGGAAGUAAGUGAAGAAAUGGAUGAGAGGUUUAGAUUUGAGAGUGAUUUUGAUAGAAGACUUUUGAGAGUGUAUCCAAAUGACAGGAUGCACGGGAGCAGACGAGGGACUGGGUCUCCUGUGGAGUAUGACGGUGAUGUCACAGAACAGUUAAACACACGCAUUUCAUCUGCUGGCAAUAAAAGUGCUCAAGACAAUGCACCAUCCAGAUCCAAUCGAGAGAUCUGCAGUCCUUUUGCAGGGAUGCUGUUUGGAGGUGAAGAUCGAGAAGUUAUUCAGAAAAGAAAAGAGAAAUACAGACUGGAGCUGUUGGAGCAAAUGGCUGAGCAACAGAAGAAUAAGAAACGAGAAAAAGAUUUAGAGCUCAGAGUGGCUGCUUCUGGAGCACAGGAUCCUGAGAAGUCGCCUGAUAGACUACAGCAGUUUAGUGUGGCGCCAAGGCACUUUGAAGAGAUGAUUCCUCCUGAAAGACCUAGAGUAGCUUUCCAGACACCUCUCCCUCCUUUAUCUGCCCAGUCUGUCCCACCCAUCCCAUCACUUCAGGCUGUUCCAUCUCAAAAUGAAGAUUUGUACAGUGGACUCAGCAGCACCCUUGGUGAAAUGGUGCCUCCCAGGAUUGCACCUGUGCCUCCACCUCCUCUAAUACCCCCUUUGGCUACUAGCUAUAGAACUCCUUAUGAUGAUGCCUACUAUUUUUAUGGUGCCAGAAAUACUUUGGAUCCCAGUCUUGCUUACUAUGGCUCAGGAAUGAUGGGAGUACAGCCUGCAGCUUAUAUUAGUGCACCUGUCACUCAGCAAGUAGCACAGCCUGUUGUGAAUAUGAUUAGGCAGAAAGAAGUGAAAGUUACAAGUGAUCAAGCAGUAAAUUCAGGAUUGUUUUUUGAAGAUAAGCCAAAACCUUCAAAACAAUCACUUCAGUCCUACCAAGAAGCCUUGCAGCAGCAGAUUCGAGAAAGGGAAGAAAGAAGGAAGAAAGAACGUGAGGAGAAAGAAGAAUAUGAAGCUAAAUUAGAAGCAGAAAUGAGAAGUUACAACCCCUGGGGAAAAGGUGGAGGUGGUGCUCCUCUCAGGGAUGCAAAAGGAAAUCUGAUAACUGAUUUGAAUAGGAUGCACAGACAAAAUAUAGAUGCCUACCAUAACCCAGAUGCAAGAACCUACGAAGAUAAAAGGGCUGUUGUUUCUCUAGAUCAAAAUUUAGCCACUUCAAAUGCUGAGAACCUAGAAGAUUCUGCAAAUAAAAACUCAGGUCAAACACAGACCUCUCCUUUUGCUCGGGGAAAUAUAUUUGGUGAGCCUCCUACUGAACUUCAGAUUAAACAGCAAGAAUUAUAUAAGAACUUUCUUCGUUUUCAGAUUGAAGAAAAGAAACAAAGAGAAGAAGCAGAACGCGAGAGACUGAGAAUUGCAGAAGAGAAAGAGGAAAAGCGGCUUGCAGAACAGAGGGCACGGAUUCAGCAAGAGUACGAGGAGGAACAGGAGAAGAAAAAGGAAAAAGAAGAAGAGCAAAGGCUUAAAAAUGAAGAGCUUAUUCGUUUGGCUGAAGAAAGAAGAAAAGAAGCAGAAAGAAAGAAGAAGGAGGAAGAAGAGAAACAUAAUUUGCAACUUCAGCAUUACUAUGAAAGAGAAAACCUGAUUGCGGCAGAAACUAAGCACGUGAGACAGCCUUCUCCUGUUGUUCCGGCUCUUCAGCACAAAAUUGCAAGCAAACUGCAAAGGCCUCCUUCAGUCGACAGCAUCAUAAAUUCCUUUAUUCAUGAAAGUUCUGUGUCUAGGCCACAGUCUCCUCCAGUACCUGCUAGGAAAAAUCAGCUUCGUGCAGAAGAGGAGAGAAAAAAUGUAAUUCUGGAAUUAUCGGAAAUGAGAAAACAGCUUCGCAGUGAAGAGAGGCGACUACAAGGGCAGCUGCUACAUAUGGAUGAUGAAGUUCACAUAAGGCAAAGGGAAAGGAAUCCUAUGGAUAUAUUUGACAUGGCUAGACAUCGAUUGCAAGCUCCUGUUAGAAGACAGUCACCUAAAAACUUAGAUGUUAACACUUUGCAGAAUAUUCAUGAUUUUAAUGAGCUGAAAGAUAGAGACUCUGAAACACGAGUUGAUCUGAAGUUCAGGUACCCCGAUGCUCCGCGAGACCACCACACCUUGGAGAUCCAGCAGCAAGCCCUGCUUCGGGAGCAGCAGAAGAGGCUGAACAGAAUCAGAAUGCAGGAGUGUGCUGACGCUGACUUAGAUGCCAAAGGGAGAGAACACAGGAUGCCCAGAGAUGUCAAUAAUGAUUUGAAAAAUUCGUUGUUGGAAUCUGAUAGUGCCUUUAUAGGUGCUUACGGCGAGACGUACCCGGCCAUUGAGGAUGACACUCUCUCUCCACCAUCACGGCUGCCCUCGGCAAGGGAGCGCCGGAGGAACAAGCUCAAAGCACUGGACCUCGAUAACAGUCAUUUCAAUGUACUACCCGACGAUGUCUCUUUAAAAUCUGUCUCCAGCGUAAAUAUUGAUCAGCUCAGAAUGAGAAAUGAGGAACGCAUGCGAAGACUGAAUGGACAAGAUAAACCUAUUAAUGCAGACGAUGAGGAGAGUUCACUGCUUGAUCCUGAUGACAUCAUCAAACAUGUGAGUGAUGACGGGUCCAACUCUAUAGCAACUGAACCCUGGCUCCGUCCUGGGACCUCAGAAACCUUGAAGCGCUUCAUGGCAGACCACCUACACCCAGAGCAGCAGCAGGUUCCUGGAAAACCAGGUGCCUACACUUGGCAGGGUCUGUCCACCGCACAUGGUUAAACCACGUCUGUACUGGAUCCAGUAGUGCCUUGUAUGAAGUGUUGAAUCUGUGUACUGUACCUGGGAAGGAUUUGCUUAGGUUCCAUCUGUACAUAAAAGUGCUUUGCCAUGAUGGUGUGUAUGAUGUAUAUUCUGUACAUAAAUAAAAGGCAAUGAUUUUUAAUAUAAUAGAAUUCUAUAGAAGUACUUUUGCUGAAUUUUGCCAUUAAUGAAGGGGCAGUAACUCUUGAAUUCAGCUACCAUAUGUGCAUUACUUAAACUGCUUGUCACUAAGACAAGGAGUAGAGAAGGUCUUUAAUGGUUCUGUAAAACCAGAAUUCUGUUGGCUGACUGGUACCUGUUCAAGGUGGUGCGUCUCACAGCUGCAUUGUUGUAGCUUACUUACCCAGCUGCUGUGUAAUGAGGGAAUCAAAUGUCCUUGUAGCUACUGAUUCAGUAGGAAUUAUGGGAGAUAUUUUAUUCCUGUGAGCCAUGCACUGUUAAAUUUUUGUCUGCAUUUUAUCUUUUGUGUCAAUGAAAGACAGUUACUAAUUUAUAUGAUUUAACUUAACUCCUUGAUGAAUAAAUUUCUAUUUUUAUUACCAAUGUUAAUUUAUUCUAACUUGAAAUGUCCACACUAAGUUUUUAAAGGUUGAAGAGAAGAAGUAACUCCUAGGGGUUUCCCUAAUCAGUAAGUGGUUCUCCUUCGAAAGCAAAAACUCUGAAAAAUAAUUUUUACUAGGAUUUCAGCUGCUUUGUUUCCUCUGACAUAAUGACUUAAUAUCAGACAGGGUUGCCACAACUGUGAAAUUUGUUUAAUAAUGUAACCAUUACUUUACUAUUAAAAGUUUUUCUUCUGUCUCCUCUAGGGAGAGUCCUGAUCCUACAACAGUAAGUAUUAAUCUAUUAGGAGGUGGGAAGCACUUACCAAGACAAAGCCGAAGGUUACAGUGGCUCCUGGCCACCGAGGUGGGUGCCUCUCGGCUGCAGCAGGAGCAGAGCUCUGUCCUAGGGCUGCUAAGCACGGCUUAGAGGCUUAGAACUGUUCAGUGUCCGAGAUAGGUGUGACUCCUCAAGCCUGAACUAAUUUGAGAAACACAGUAUCAACCAUGCAGACCACCCUACCCAGAAGGGAACUUUAAUUUUGUUUUAGCUUUCAAAUACUGUUGGUUUACUUUGCAUUCAUAAACAUGUAAAAUACUCAAAUUAUAAAUGUGAUUGGGCCAAGAAAGUUGGGUGUGCAGCAUGCUCCAGUGCCAGAAGCUGGAGGAAGGGGAAAGCAUAUUGAGGGUGCAGUUCUGGACAAAAAUAUCCUUACCGUAAUUGUUUGGUUUGCAACGCAUCAACGAGGAAAGAAAGUCAGUGAAACAUGGGGUUGCGGGUUAUCCAGUU